AUGGAGUCGCUCACGUCGUCGUCGCAUGUGGCCAGCGUCAACGCCCCGGUUAACCACCCCGCCGCGCUCAGGAGGUUCUCCCUGCUUCUGACCAGCGUUGCAUUUACGACCGAGCCGCAGACGAGGAGGGUGUGCAUGGGCAUCUACAGUUCGACAUUCACGGCCAAGUACGAAGUCCGGGGUCCGAUCGUCCAGUACAAGCCACAAAAGACAGUAAUCAAGGACGGCUUCAACUACAACAACAUUAAGAGGUGGACGUCUAACUCCCUGGUGCAGUCCGAGGGCGAGUCGGUCUACCUCAUGCAGAGGAUAAUCGGCGUUAGCAACAAGCUCGGGUUCUCGGUCAAGGCCACGAUCAACAACAGUCUCGGCAGGAGGCUCGCCAUCUCCAAGAACGGCAGAGCCCGGUCAGGGACAACGACGCCUUCCUCGGGUGCAUCUUCCAUUUCUAGGUCACCAAUGAGGCGUAGCUGUCCGGGAUCCUGUGGAACUGGAUGA